AUGAUGGUGAAGCAGGUAAAGUAUAAUUUGAAUUACAAAUUAUGAUGGUAAAACAGAAACAAAAACAUGAAUGUUUUACAUUUUCCAUAGGAACAUCCAGACAAUGUCAAAUGUCCAAAAAGCAACCUCCACAGGUAUCCGCCACUCAGAAACACAUGGCCCACAAGAGACACUGUCCUGAUGUCCCCACUAGACAAGACGCAUCUCCAUCACAACGACGCAUAUCCAAUGUGUCCUCAAGGCCACCAGUCCAACUUUUGGAAAGUCCACCAACACGGGAACCACAAUACCCUCAGCUGCCUGAUGCUGACAACAUGCCCCCGGACACCCAGCAGGACACAGAAAUGGAGGAAACCUUUGUCCUUCAACUCCAGCAAAUAGACCCAACAAUACCAACAAUACCGCCUGUGAGUACGCUACCAACACAAACCACACCUGCACCACAAAUGAGCCCUAUAUCACCACACGCUACAACACAGGAUCAGGCCUUUUGGAACAGUUGGGCAACCCAACAAGCCAAUAAUCUUGAUUUUCUGCGCAGACAAACGCAAUUUCUUGCUAGUCUGCCACAUCAGCUUCCCCGAAUCAGUAUGAGUAGUAGCCGCCUAAAUGUGCAAAUUGCAAUAAUUGCCAAUACUAUGGAACUAAUGCGUGCGGACAACACACAUAUGAUGAACACUUUCCAAAGAGUAAUGGAUGAACAACACAGACAGCACCAAAACUACAUCAAUAUUCUUGAAAACAACCUAAUGAUAACAGAAAGCAUAAGCCGAAUAAUUGAAAAUCACACUGCAGCAACCACAGAACUGAAUGCUAAUCUGAGUAAUCUGAACAACAACAUCAGUUUACUCAAACCUAGACAAGCAAAAACCAGCUCAGGAAACACAACUCCGAGCAUGACCCCAGUUAAUCCCCGAUAAGGAGAUCCAGCCGGACACGAACAAACGUGACUGGGAAAGACAUUGCAGCCUCCAAAUUGGCACCCAAAAAAUAGACUUCCCGUCUGCAGGUUCAAUCUGUUUAGGAGGAGAAAACAGUGUAAGUUGCAGUGUAUGAACAACACUGAAAUCGAGCUUGGUACAUAAUUUAAGUCAUGCAUUUUGUUUUUGUUUUGUUUUU